AUGGGCUCAAAGGAUGUCAAUAGUCAGCGACAUCAGCGCCUCUUGCGGAACAUUGAAAUCACAGACAAUGUACACGCUGUUACGGCGAACGAAAUAGCUCGCAACCCCGAUGGCUACGCCCGUCAAACAAGAGCGAAAUUAGCAUACCAUCCUCGUGAUGAGAAAACCGAACUCCAAGUGAAGCCCAAUCUUCAGUGGUCACUACCAGACGAUGCAAAAGAAGCAAACGCACUCAGUUCGCACGUCGAGUUUAUCAAGGUUGACCCUGUGAGAGGCACAUUCAACAAGCAUAUCGUUAAACUGCGAUAUGACCCAAGGAAAUUGCUGAGUUUCGACAACUUGAUCAACAACGCGGCGCCCGAUCCCCAGAAAUACCAUGUUGACUUCGAGAUACGUGAGCCUGAAACUCUUUUCAACAGAAUCGACAACGAGUGUUCCAAGCCAUACAGAUGCGCAAUCGGGGACAGGAGAGAUUACUCAACACAGAGAACGACACCGUCGCUGAAGGACCGCGAAUUCUUUCAAUCUCUGCUUCAUAAAGCCGCUCCUGCAAGCUACUACAAUGGCAACCUACUUCUGGCGUUCAAUGAAGCAGAAGAGCGGGAAAUCACCAACCCCAAGAAAAACAAGUCCAGGAAAGCCCCAUCGAAGAUUGAGUACAUUUACUUCCGUGACCAUGAGAUAAAAACGUGGUAUACAGCGCCGUACCCCGAAGAGUUCAACAAAAACAAGAUUUUGUAUAUCUGCGAGUAUUGCCUCAAGUACAUGAACUCGCGUUACGUUAUACACCGGCACCAAUUAAAAUGUUCGCUUCGCCAUCCGCCUGGGAAUGAAAUCUAUAGAGAAGGAAACAUAUCCAUUUGGGAAGUGGACGGCCGUGAAAAUGUCAUAUAUUGUCAAAAUCUGUGUCUACUGGCCAAACUGUUUCUGAACUCGAAAACUCUCUAUUACGAUGUCGAACCAUUCAUUUUUUAUGUCCUCACCGAACGCGAGGAUACGGGCGAGGAGUCGCAAUUUCAUUUCGUUGGAUACUUUUCGAAAGAAAAGCUGACUUCAACUGAUUACAACUUGAGUUGUAUUUUAACACUUCCAAUUUAUCAAAGAAAAGGAUAUGGUCAUUUUCUUGUUGAUUUCUCAUACCUGCUCACAAGAAGAGAGUAUAAAUGGGGCACCCCUGAAAAGCCUCUGUCAGAUCUUGGACUUCUUUCAUAUCGGAACUUUUGGAAGACAAAGAUAUGCGAAGUCCUGGGAGAGCUGAAGGAAGAAAUUAAUCAUGCAGAGAAGAAGGGCGAGAUUCUGCAUUGUAGUAUUGAAGACCUGUCCAAUCUGACGGGAAUGAUACCAACUGAUGUCGUUUUCGGACUAGAGCAAAUAGGCGCCCUUCAUUACUACAAAGGAGAAAGCAAGCUGCAAUUUGCGAUCAAAAUCGACAAUUGGUCUCUCAUUGAUGAGGUCAACAAUGCUAGAAAGUCUAAGGGCUAUCGUGCUCUUGUGCCAGAAAAAUUGGUUUGGAAGCCAAUGAUAUUUGGCCCCUCCUGUGGCAUCAAUGCUAUGGGGACAAUGAUUGAAACAACAACUGGAGCGGCACGGAGUACGGCUACUGGUCAGCAGAAUGGUAUCGAUACUUUCAAAAAUAGCGUUUCCGUGUUGGUUAAUUUCCUACGGGAUGACAUAGAAGAUCCUAGGAGCAUGGAAGCUAUAUGCCAACAAAAAAUUCAUGACCAGCAAGGGCGCCACUUUGACACUUCCAAAAUAAACCUUAUGACCUUAGCAUUCAACGCGCCUGUAUCUCGCAGGCUAAAAAAUUCUGCAUCUAGCCUUGUUUCGGUUCCUAAUCGUUACGACGAUAAUGAAACUAACAAUAACACGUUCUCAGCUCCCAAUGGCGGCGCUGAUCUGGGUAUUGUAGAUCCAGAGCUACUCGAAGAAACGGAGCAGAUUGAUGAAGAGGAUGAAGAUAAUGACUUGAACGAAACACUUGCAGACGGCGAUACCAUAGGAGACGAAGAAGUUAAAUUCUCAAGCACUUCAGAGGAUGAGGAAGAGGAUGAAGACGAGGAAAUUCCCGGGCGAGGUGUGUCCAGCUCCCAAGGAAGGUUCAGCAGAACUAGGAGUGGACGUGCGAUCAAUAGCCACCGGGUCAUUGACAGCGACGAACAUGAGGAAGAGCAUAUCGCCACAAGACGACUUCGUAGCAUGGACCCACUACUAAAAAAUUUGUAA